UACGGGUAUUGUGGAGUUGACCGACUGAGUUAUUUUGGUAAUUUCUAGACUCGCACCGGUGCCGUUUGCUGUGCAUACUUCUGACAUACACAAAUACAAACAAACGUCAAUUUCAGCUGUAAGCUAAUAACGUCCGAUAUAACAGCCACACUCAGUCGUGAAGAACCGAUAAGAAAACGAGAAGUACCUCUCUAAUACAUCUGCACUAUCCGUGGUUAAAUUUAUUGUUAAAUACCAAAGUAAUAAACAAAUAAUUUGCACAAUGCCUUUUACUGCUGAUAACGCUGCUCAUCAAAUUCAGGAACGAUUGAAAAGUAUCAAUCAAUUAGUUCAUGAAAUUGAGAAAGCUCGACAGCAUUCUGAGGUCAAUUUGAAUAAUAUUACAAAAACUCAAGAGAAGUUCAAUUCGGAAGAUAAAUUAUCUGCAUUUCAUCAACAAAAAUUGAAGAGUGUUUACAGUGCUGCUGUUGCAGAUGCUCAACAAGAAGAAAAUCUAUUGCGCAAAGCUUUAGAAAAAAUAAAUGAAAUAAGACUAAUAAGAAAUGAAAGAAGAAUUCAGGCUAGAAAUGCUGGAAAUAAGGAAACAAUUAGGAGAGGAGCUCUUAUGAAAAUGUUACUUAGCACAGCACAAACAUUGCCUCUAUAUGUAGGAAAAACCCCUGGAGCCAAAGCUCCUCCUUUGUGUGGGGCAGUACCUGCAGAGCCAACUUAUAUGGCAAAAACUGGCGAUAUGGUUGCUGCAUUAGUUAAAGGUUCUGAAGAAGAAGAAAAUUGGAUUCUUGCUGAAGUAGUUCAUGCAAAUACAACUACCAAUAAAUAUGAAGUUGAUGACAUUGAUGAGGAGCAAAAAGAUAGACAUACUUUGUCAAAACGAAGGGUAGUGCCCUUACCACUCAUGCGAGCAGAUCCAGAAACAGACCCACAUGCAUUAUUUCCUAAAGGAUCCAUUGUUAUGGCUCUGUACCCUCAGACUACAUGUUUCUAUAAAGCAGUAGUUAAUCAUCUUCCUACCACUGCCCAAGAAGAGUAUGAAGUUUUAUUUGAAGAUGCAACAUAUGCUGAUGGCUACUCACCUCCAUUAAACGUACCACAGAGAUACGUUAUUUCCAUAAAAGAAAGUAAAAAGAAUAAAAAUCAAGCGUAAUGCAAGGUUUUUGUGUAUAAAUAUUGUAUAGGCUACCA